GGCAACCAUGUCGUCGUCAGGCAGAAGUGUUUCAUUCCUUUUUGCUUCCUUUUUCACGUCCAUUGUAAAGUGACUGGCGUGGCGAGACAUAUGUGUGUGUCGAAAUCUCUGCUUUUUAUAAGUUUUCACAGCGAGAUUCAACAUGCCCAAGAAUAAAGGUAAGGGAGGUAAAAAUCGUAGGAGGGGAAAGAACGAGAAUGAAGCCGAGAAAAGAGAAUUGAUCUUCAAGGAGGAUGGCCAAGAGUACGCACAAGUGACGAAAAUGCUGGGAAACGGCAGGUUGGAGGCUAUGUGCUUUGAUGGCAUCAAGAGACUUUGCCACAUCAGAGGGAAGCUCAGAAAGAAGGUCUGGAUCAAUCAAGGAGAUAUUAUUCUGGUCGGUCUCAGAGACUACCAAGAUGCCAAAGCUGACGUUAUCCUCAAGUACAAUGCUGAUGAAGCCCGUAACUUGAAGACCUACGGUGAAAUCCCAGAUUCAGUGAAGGUCACAGACACUGUCAACUUUGUCGACGACGGCUUAGACGAUGAUAUCGAAUUCGGCGACGACUCUGGUUCCGGCGAAGAUGACGACAUUAACGACAUAUGAACACGCCUACUUAGGAAUUACAAUUCUUGUUCAUAAU